ACGGCGACGCCGCCUAUGAUGAAGUGGUGAAAACGUUCAAUUCCUCGCAGCCGGCGCGCGUCUCGUGAGCACGUGUUUCUCUAUGAAACAAUGAUAGUUUGGAGCUGAACCUGUUGACCAAGAGCAUAAAAAUGAGAGCCGAAUUGGUGCUCGAGGAUGGAAGCGUGUUCUCGGGCAAAGCAUUCGGCGGAGCCAGAAGCCUCUCUGGCGAAGUUGUGUUCCAAACUGGAAUGGUGGGCUACAUCGAAUCGCUGACAGAUCCGUCGUACAAUCGUCAAAUCUUGGUCCUCACGUACCCCCUGAUCGGAAACUAUGGCGUUCCAGCUGAGACAAAGGACUCGUACGGAGUUCCAUUGCAUUUUGAGUCUCACAAGAUAUGGGCUGCAGGUCUUAUUGUUGGGGAGUACGUCGCAGAGUACAGUCAUUGGGAUGCAGAAUAUUCGCUGUCCAGCUGGCUGAAGAAUAACGGCGUUCCUGGCAUCACUGGUAUUGAUACUCGAGAGUUGACGAAAAGGAUACGUGAAAAGGGGUCUAUGUUAGGAAAGAUUGUCAUUGAAGGCACAGAUGCUUCCCAGUUGCAGUUUGAAAACCCAAACACACUCAACCUUGUAAAAGAAGUAUCCCUAAAGGGACCCAAAAUUUACAACCCCGGAGGAUCUCCUCGGAUUACGAUAAUCGACUGUGGCAUGAAAUACAACCAGCUGCGGUGCAUUCUGGCUCGUGGAGCUUCUGUUACAGUUGUGCCCUGGGACCAUCCAAUUAAUGUUGAAGAAUUCGACGGCCUGUUUGUCAGCAAUGGGCCUGGCGAUCCAACAAUGUGUCGAACAACCAUCGACAACCUAGAGCAGAUUUUAUGGAACAAGUCACGUCCAGUGUUCGGUAUAUGUCUCGGACACCAGCUGAUGGCACUCGCUAUUGGAGCUGCUACUUACAAGAUGAAAUAUGGGAACCGGGGACACAAUCAGCCUUGCCUGUUUAAGAACUCUGGUCGGUGCUGCAUCACGAGUCAAAAUCAUGGCUAUGCUGUAUCAGCAUCGGAUCUUCCCGACGACUGGGAACCAUUAUUCACAAAUGCUAACGACAAGACUAAUGAAGGAAUGGUUCACAAGAGCCUUCCAUUUUUUAGUGUCCAGUUCCACCCUGAACACAUGGCAGGUCCCGAAGACUUGGAGUUCCUUUUCGAUGUCUUCCUGGAAUCUGUGAGAGACGCAGUUGCGCAAAACCCAAACAUUCCAAUAAGUGAGAGGAUUCAUAACAAAUUCCAACUUUCGCCAAAGUCCGAAGUGAUCCCUGAUGCUCCGAGCGUCCCCAUGAAGCGACCGAGGAAGGUCCUCAUUUUAGGCUCUGGCGGACUUUCAAUUGGUCAGGCUGGAGAGUUUGACUACUCCGGUUCACAGGCCAUCAAGGCGCUUCGCGAAGAAAAAAUCCAAACUGUUCUCAUCAACCCUAACAUCGCAACGGUGCAGACGUCACCGGGCCUAGCGGACAAGGUCUAUUUCCUUCCCAUCACCCCCCACUAUGUCACUGAAGUGAUUAAGUCUGAGCGUCCAGAUGGGGUGCUCCUCACAUUUGGGGGCCAAACUGCCCUGAACUGCGGAGUGGCGCUCCAGCGAUCUGGAGUGCUGGAUCGGUACAAAGUAGCUGUCCUCGGAACUCCGAUCAGCUCCAUCAUCAAUUCGGAGGAUCGCAAGCUGUUUGCCGAGAAAGUUGAAGAAAUUGGAGAGAAAGUGGUGCCCAAUUGUGCUGUCUACUCUGUGGCAGAGGCACUCGCGGCAGCCGAGAAGCUUGGCUAUCCCAUCCUGGUUCGUGCCGCAUUUUGUUUAGGAGGCUUGGGAUCUGGGUUUGCUAGCAACCCUGAAGAACUGAAGACACUUGUUGCCCAAGCCAUUGUGCGAUCCAGCCAAGUGCUGCUAGACAAAAGCCUCAAGGGAUGGAAAGAAGUAGAGUACGAGGUUGUCCGCGAUGCGUACGACAACUGCAUCACGGUCUGUAACAUGGAAAAUUUGGACCCCUUGGGAAUCCACACUGGUGAAUCUAUUGUGGUGGCCCCGAGCCAGACGCUUACAAACGAAGAAUACAACCGGUUGCGUACCACAGCCAUUCGUGUAAUCCGCCAUCUGGGAGUUGUCGGAGAGUGCAAUGUGCAGUAUGCUCUCAGUCCGAACUCCUUCGAGUACUACAUCGUCGAAGUAAACGCGCGACUCUCACGAAGCUCGGCGCUGGCAAGCAAAGCAACUGGUUACCCGCUCGCGUACAUUGCUGCCAAACUGUCCUUGGGGAUUCCACUGCCUCAGCUGCACAACUCGGUCACGGGCAAGACGACAGCUUGCUUCGAACCCAGUCUGGAUUACUGCGUUGUGAAGAUUCCACGUUGGGACCUGGGCAAAUUUCCGCAUGUCAGCAACAAGAUCGGCAGCUCAAUGAAAAGUGUCGGAGAAGUAAUGUCAAUCGGCCGGUCUUUUGAGGAAGCGUUCCAGAAGGCUAUACGUAUGGUCGACGAACAUGUUCACGGGUUGGAUCCAUAUCGAAAACCAUUCAGUGAGGAGAAACUAACCUGUCCCACAGACAAGAGAAUGUUCCACCUUGCAUCUGCAAUCAAAGCUGGAUACACUGUCAAGCAGCUGAACAAGCUGACACAGAUCGACCCUUGGUUUUUGCACCGCAUGGUAAACAUCAUCGACCACUAUACAUUCCUCGAAUCAUUACGUAAACAGCCAGAAGCGUUGACGUACCAAGUGUUGCUGCGCGCCAAGCAGCUGGGAUUCUCCGACAAGCAGAUUGCGGAUUGUGUAGAGAGUACGGAACUUGUCAUCUGCAAGACUCGAAGAGAACUGGGAAUCGUCCCGCUCGUAAAGCAGAUUGAUACCGUGGCAGCGGAGUGGCCAGCAGCUACAAACUACCUCUACCUUACGUAUAAUGCCAAAAGCAACGACGUUGACUUCAAACAAAGGGCAACAAUGGUGCUCGGGUCAGGUGUUUACCGUAUCGGCAGCUCUGUCGAAUUUGACUGGUGCGCUGUCAGUUGUGUCCAAGAGCUGAGAAAGAUCGGAAAGCCUACAAUCAUGCUAAAUUGUAACCCUGAAACUGUCAGCACAGAUUACGACAUGUGUGACAGACUUUAUUUCGACGAGAUAUCAUUUGAGACUGUGAUGGAUAUCUAUAACUUGGAGCAACCUGAAGGCAUCAUCUUGAGCAUGGGUGGCCAACUCCCUAACAAUAUUGCGAUGGACCUCCACCGUCAAAAGGCCCGCAUCCUGGGAACAUCUCCAGAGUCGAUCGACUGUGCCGAAAAUAGGUUCAAAUUCUCACGCAUGUUGGAUUCUAUCGGGAUAUCGCAGCCCCGUUGGAAAGAGCUGACAAACUUGGAGAAUGCAAAGAAGUUCUGCGACGAAGUGGGUUACCCUUGUCUGGUUCGUCCGAGCUACGUGUUGAGCGGCGCGGCCAUGAACGUUGCCUACACGCACAAGGAUCUCGAGAACUACUUGGGUGAAGCAACGGCUGUUUCAAAGGAGCAUCCCGUUGUGAUUUCAAAGUUCAUCUGUGAAGCAAAGGAGAUCGAUGUCGAUGCUGUUGCUCAGGAGGGCCAGUUGGUCGCCAUGGCCGUGUCUGAACAUGUGGAAAAUGCUGGUGUUCACUCUGGCGAUGCAACCUUGGUGACACCACCUCAAGACUUGAAUCCGGAGACGCUGGCUAAGAUCCGUUCCAUAUGUCAGGCUAUAGGGCAGGCUUUGGUUGUCAGCGGGCCGUACAAUAUGCAACUGAUUGCGAAGGACAACCAACUCAAGGUAAUUGAAUGUAACUUGAGGGUUUCGCGAUCUUUUCCGUUUGUGUCGAAGACCCUCAACUGUAACUUUGUGGCCCUCGCCACUCAAGUCAUACUGGGAAUGAAGGUAGAGCUCCAUGACGUCACCUUUGGAUGCGGGAAAGUUGGAGUCAAGGUGCCACAGUUUUCGUAUUCCCGACUCGCUGGAGCUGAUAUCAGGCUCGGCGUGGAGAUGGCAAGCACCGGAGAAGUAGCCUGCUUUGGCGAAAACCGCUACGAGGCCUACCUCAAAGCCCUACUGAGCACAGGGUUCUGCAUUCCUGAAAAAUCAAUCUUUCUUUCCAUUGGAAGCUACAAGCACAAGGCCGAGUUCUUGCCGAGUGUCCGAACGAUCGAGAAAAUGGGUUACAAACUUUACGGAAGCUUGGGAACGUCGGACUUUUACAUGGAGCACGGAAUUAAAAUUGAAGCCAUCACUUGGCCAUUCCACGAAUCUGGGGAGACUCAGACAGAGGAACAGAUCUGCAGCAUUGCAGACUUUCUGCAGCAGAAGGAGUUUGACCUGGUCAUCAACCUCCCGAUGUGCAGCAGUGGAGCUCGUCGCAUUUCAACAGUCCUCACACCGGGAUACCGCACACGCCGCAUGGCUGUGGACAACGCCGUCCCUCUCGUCACAGACGUCAAGUGUGCCAAACUCUUGGUCGAAGCUCUCCGCCUCGUUAAGAAAUCGCCACCAGUCAAGACACACAUAGACUGCAUGACAUCUCAAGAGAUCAUCCGCCUGCCUGGUCUAAUAGAUGUCCAUGUACACUUAAGGGAACCUGGAGCUCCACACAAGGAAGAUUUCGCAUCCGGCACUGCGGCAGCACUUGCCGGAGGCUUCACGCUUGUGUGUGCUAUGCCUAAUACCAAGCCACCAAUCUGCGAUGAAGAUGCUCUUGCGGUCUGCCAAGCUGCAGCAAAAGCUGGUGCACGCUGUGACUAUGCUCUAUUUGCCGGAGCAAGUUUGACAAACUGGGAAACAGUUCUACCAUUGGCACCGUCUGUCACUGGCCUCAAGAUGUACCUGAAUAAUACGUUUGGCCCGCUCUGCAUGGAUGCUGUGUCUUCCUGGAUGAAACACUUUGAAAAGUGGCCCAAAAACAUGCCCAUCUGUUGUCAUGCUGAGGGUCAGACGACGGCAGCAGUUAUUCUGCUGGCUAGCCUCUACAAGCGACCUGUUCACAUUUGUCAUGUUGCGCGGGAGGAAGAGAUCCUGAUAAUCAAGGCAGCCAAAGAGCAAGGGCAUGAAGUCACCUGCGAAGUGACUCCUCAUCAUUUGUUCCUAACAACAGAAGACAUCCCAAGGUUGGGAGAAUCUCUGGCAACCGUCAAGCCACCACUGUUGGCACCCAAGCACCAGCAAGCACUUUGGGAUAAUUUUGAUGUCAUCGACUGCAUUGCUACUGAUCACGCCCCGCACACGUUUGCAGAAAAGUCGAACGGAAAUGCUCCACCGGGUUUUCCUGGAUUGGAAACUUCACUCCCACUAAUGCUGACCGCUGUUCAUGAGGGACGCUUGACCAUAGAGACUCUCAUAAAGAUGAUGUACCACAACCCCAAAAGAAUCUUCAACCUGCCUACCCAACCUGAUACCUACAUUGAGGUUGACUUGAACGAAGAAUGGGUCAUCCCUGAGCGGCCACCCUACAGCAAGGCCCAGUGGACGCCCUUUGCGGGACAUAAAGUCUGUGGUAGAGUUCGACGGGUAGUCGUACGAGGAGAGGUGGCAUUUGUGGACGAACAGGUGCUGGUUCCACCUGGGUUUGGUCAGGACGUCAUCACACAGUGCGGUGCAGAACUCGAGCGUACUCCAAGUAUAGUCAAUCUAGCACAGACGACACCAGAGAAGCCAAGCAGUGCUGUUGCUGAAGGCACCUAUAAAAAGGCACUUAAUCGGACUCCAUUGCAAAGGACAGGCUCAGUCAAAUCACUCGCAACAGAAAUCUACAGCAAGAUGUUCCAAGAGCUAGGUCUCCCAGACCGACUUCUAACUUCGGCAGUGCCAACCACCCCCGCUACAUCGACGUCUGGCCCGCUAACUUCCCUCAUAGAUGAUCGCGUCGUUCCACCGCGCGUCACCAGCCCAAUGUUGUUUUCACCAGCACCUCCUCAGUCUGGACAACUGUGGAAUCUUCCUGACAUUCCUAGUGGUCUACAAGGACGACACAUUCUUACAGCUGACAUGUUUUCGAAGGACCAGAUGCAUGCUCUGUUUAACUUGGCCCAUUCGUUCAGCAUCUUUGUGAAAAAGAGGCGCGGAGAGGAACUGUUGUCUGUGCUUGCAGGCAAGGUGAUGGCUCCCAUUUUCUACGAAGCAAGCACGCGCACGUGCUACAGCUUUGAAGCAGCCAUGUCUCGUUUGGGUGGAUUGCCGCUCCAUCCCUUUGACAAGAACACGUCGUCCACAACAAAGGGCGAGACCCUUGAAGACACAAUAACCAUGAUGUCACUGUAUAGCGAUGUCAUUGUGCUACGGCAUGCUGAACCAGGGGCUGUCAUGAGAGCUGCUAAGAACUGCAGGAAGCCCAUCAUAAAUGCGGGGGAUGGCAUCGGCGAACACCCAACACAGGCUCUUCUCGACGUUUACACCAUCCGGGAGGAAAUUGGCACCGUAAAUGGGCUCACGGUGACACUUGUCGGUGACCUGAAGCAUGGGCGGACUGUGCACUCUCUGGCAAAGUUGCUCACUCACUACGAUGUGCAACUUCGUUACGUUGCUCCAGCGGGCUUGGGCAUGCCCGACAAUGUAAAGGAAUUUGUGAGAUCUCGUAACAUUCCACAGGAAUCCUUCGUAUCCCUGGAAGCUGCUCUUCCUGAGACAGAUGUUUUAUACAUGACGAGAAUUCAGAAGGAGCGUUUCAACAGCUUUGAAGAGUAUGAGAAGGCUUGCGGCCACUUUGAGGUGACGCCUCAGAUAAUGACAAAGGCAAAAAGACGAAUGAUAGUAAUGCACCCAUUACCGAGGGUGACAGAGAUCAGCCGAGACUUCGACACUGAUCCACGGGCAGCUUACUUCCGCCAAGCUGAGAAUGGGAUGUACGUCCGCAUGGCACUAUUGGCCAUGGUGCUCUACGGAGACUGAUCUGCAAGCUCUUCUUGAACUGAAAUAUGCGCUGGUUUGUGACGUGCCAUAUUGUUAUAGGGACAGAUUUUACCAAGUGUACAAGUAUAACUGAAGACACUGUUCAACAGGGUUGCUCGGAAAUGCAACUGUCUUUUGCCUCAGGAUGAUCUUCACAAUGGCUAUAACCACCUUGUAUGUACUGAAGUGUAUUUUUACGAUGGACCUUGUAAUGUUAGGUGGUUAUGUUAAUGUUAAUUUGCUACACAGUUGAUAGUACUCACAAUAUGAUAGGAUAGUUACAUUGAAAUGAUGAUCAAUCUUCGUGGAUGUCUGCUCGCGUAUAUCAGAUAUAGCGCUAUCAAUUUGAUAUUAGCAAUUAUUUGUGCACAUCUUGAAUUCUGUCUAUUGCUGGGAAUGCUUUAUAUGAAACACAGAACCCUUCUUUUUUUCUUUUUUUACAGCAUUCAGGUGUAUAAUUUAGGUGCCAUACAUCAAAUACAUUGUGCAGUUUGUGCACUGAUUUUCAACUGUGAUAAAUUAGUCUCAACAAAAUGUGUAAUCAUGAACCUCUGUAGCAACAUAUUUUUGCAUUGCAUGUCUUUGGGUCUGAUACUCUGAUGGUGCUUGUGAAAUAAAAUUGAUUUGAAGGAGAAUAAACACCCUUCUGGCAUUGC